UCACACAGAGGGCUGGAGACAACACUUCCGGUUCUCUCCUGUCGUUGGAGACACAUCUGACCAGAAGCAGAAGCUCUGACCGGGGACAUGAACCAGGAGAACCAGGAUCUCAUCCUGCAGGCGUGUGGAGCCUCGUCUCUGCGAGUCGGAGCCAAGAUCCAGACCCUGUGGAGCGGCUAUGGGGAGAUAGUGCGGCUGCACCUGGACGGCUGCGACCGGCCGUCUGUGGUCGUCAAACACGUCAAGUUUCCGGAGGAGGCCGAGCACCCGGGCGGCUGGAACACAGACCGCUCCCACAGGCGUAAAGUGACAUCCUAUCAGGUGGAGACACACUGGUACCAGAACUACUCCACCAAUCAGAACUGUCGCAUCCCGGCCUGCCUGGCUGCCUGUUCCCAUGGAGACGAGAUGCUGAUCGUGCUGGAGGAUCUGGAUGUGGCUGGUUAUGAUCAGAGGAGAACCAGCGUGAAGGACGGAGAGAUAAGGGCUUGCCUCCGCUGGCUCGCCCACUUCCAUGCUCUGUUCCUGGGUGCGGCACCAGAGGGGCUGUGGCCCGUCGGUACCUACUGGCACCUGGAGACCCGGCCGGAUGAGCUGGAGGCCAUGGACGACGCCAAGCUUAAAGCGGCAGCCGGCGACAUCGACAGGAUACUCAACGAAUGUCGCUUCAAGACCGUCGUUCACGGAGACGCCAAGUUGGCCAACUUCUGUUUUUCCCCGAGCGGACAGGACGUGGCAGCUGUAGACUUUCAGUAUGUCGGUGGAGGCUGUGGGAUGAAGGACGUGGUUUAUCUUUUAGGAAGCUGCAUGAACGAAAAGGAGUGUGAAAGGAGGGCGCAAGGAUUACUGGACUUCUACUUCACAGAGCUGAAGCUCGCUGUGAAACAAGAUGUGGACUUUGCUGCCCUGGAGAAAGAGUGGAGGGAGAUGUUUGUGUUUGCCUGGACAGAUUUCCACCGUUUUCUGUUGGGGUGGAUGCCUGGAAGCUGGAAGAUCAACCGCUACAGUAAACAGCUGACGAAAGAGGUUUUACACAAACUGAAACCGGAGCCAGAAAAUUCCAGCACCAGACAGAAGAGCAAGCGUGUGGCUAAAAGGUGAUCAACUGGAAAUCUGUAUAUAGAAAAAUAAACACACAUCUUUAAUCCCUCACAUAUUUAAAAAAUGUUAUCAAACCGUUUCUGGAUGAAUAAAGGUUUUUAAAAGAG